CCAAACACCCCAUUGGUUUAAUCAACAGACAAGCAUUAGUAAACCCCCAAACCACCAAGUUUUGGAGGGAAAACGUAAACAAGAUCUCUCCAGCCUCUCCGGUUUUCAAGUUUUUUGCAUCAAAUUUAUGUGAAAAGCUUGAUUAUCAGGAUUUUAACUGGUUAAUAUAUUUGGGCGUUGGAUUUCGUCAUCAGCAUCUUCGAGUCUUGGAAAACUGGAGUUAUUAUAGAAGUGAAAUUACUCGAAGAAAAUGGGGACGACACGAAGAAGAGGAGGCAAUGGAGGUAUGGAGGAGAAUACGAUGGCAAUUCUCGAUACUUCUUGUUUCAGUAAAUCUACUCAACAUAUAGCCGAUGACAGGUUAUCUUUUCUUGAAGCGGUUCGUUCUGGUUUCCUUGUUCCUGAAAAUGCUCCUGCACCCACCAACAAAAUUUACAAGGAAAUCUUCCAGAUACUGAAAGUUGAGAAUUCGCUGUAUUUGAUAAUGUCAAGCUAUCAACUCUUACUUGAGUUAGAUAAGCGCUUCCCUCAAGUUUAUCUUUCAACUGCAAAAAAAUCAGAAUCAUCUUCACCUUCUUCCCUCCCAUGUAAUGAAUUAGUUGUGGUGGAAGAGGCAUGGUCUCCAUUUGCAUUUGGCACAGAGUUCUCUCCUAAUGAGAAAGAAGAUCAUGGCAAAACUAGUGGAUCACUUGAUGCCACUGCAUUUCAUGAUCUUAUAAAAGAUCUUGUUGAAGUGGCAGAUGAAGCAACUACUGAAGUUCUAGACAUAAAGCCCUUGAGGAAUAUGCUACUCUUUCAAUACCUUGUCAGUUUUCUUGAAGGAGAUUUUGUAAUCCGUAAUUUGGCAUUUACAGAAAACUCAGAUUGGGUCACUUUGAGGGAGUCAUUGCUCAAUAUGAUAUUGGUAUCAAGGAAGAUAACAUACAAAACACUAAUCAAAGAUUGUUUAUCAGCCAUGUGUCAAUUGUCUCAAUUUUCUAUGGAUUCUAGCAAUGUCUUAACACCUUCAGACACUGAAUCACCAGAAGUAACUGAAAAAUCCCAUACAGCUCUUGCCAUUGCUUUACCUGAAGUAAUCAAACAUACAUGUGUUUCUGUUCAGAAGUUUUUGUCAAUGAUCAUUGAGCUGGAUUCAUCUAAGAAGGCAGCUGAUAUGGAGGGUUGGACUACUAGAGCUGAUGGUGUAAGAACCCCUGCCAUGGAGAUUAUCAUGGAUGAACUUACUUAUGAUAAAAAUAUAUUGUUACCCUUCUUUCAGGCAUUGGAUAAACCUAAGCUAAAGCUGGAUAUGAUUGUUCAGUAUUUCCAAAAGUACAUCCCCAAGACAUCUGUUCGCACUAGAAGGUCUAAUGACUCUACAAAUAAUUCAACAUUUGGUGGAGUUUUGAAGUGUUUUUCAAAUGAGAACAAUACAAAAAGUAUUAUAAAGAAGAUUAACACAGAAGUAGCUCAAUUGCUUUUAGCACAUGCUUUUCAGGCAUUCAUAUCAUUACCAUGUCAAGAUUCAACUGAAUCUAAGGAAGAUAUUGUUGACAACUCUCUUCCAGAAAUUUGCAAAAAUAUGAUCUCAGCCUUCAAUUGUCUUAAAAAGACAGAUGAGCACAUUGUGAUUCCACCCUUUGGGAAAGAGGCACUUUUCACUGCUGCAGUUAUGCUCUCAGGAGUUUGAUCUCAAUUUUAUUAAUGGUCAAUAUUUUAUUUUGUGUUUCUUUUUUUGAUUGAAACCCUAAAAUUGUGUAUAAUUUUAGACUGGCAUUGUGGAUUUCUUCAUGUGAUUUUGGAGAACUUAGAAGUGUAUUAUAAUAUGUUUAUAUUAUGCUAGAUAAAUGACAUUAGUGAUUUUGUUUUA